AUGUCUACCCUUUCCUUACCUCACAACAUUAACUUACAACGCAACAUGCUUCAUUUACUCCCAACCGAGAUCGUUUGGAAAAUUAUGCAAACGCUGGACCCAGUUGACCUCUCGAGAACAAGGCUUGUGUGUAAGAGAUUGCGUACAUUCAGUGAUCAUCCAGCAUUAUGGAGAUGUAUUCAGCUAGAAGCAAGUAGAAAGACACAACAUAUGGAAGAUAUACCCUUGUGGAAUCUGACAGACCUCAAAGCCAUCUUGCAACUUCAUCUCUCGCAUAUACAAACAAUCCAGAUUCGAGGCGUUCGUGACAACAUUGUGCAAUAUAUUCUGUUAAAUUGCAGCAAUUUACAAGAAUUGACCAUUUCUGGAUGGUCGACACUUUCGGAUCAUGCGUUUAGAAUAUCAACUACUCCAACAUUUGCGGCCUUGAGCCUGCGUCGUUUGAGAUUGAUUGGACAACGUAGAUCAAACUAUACCUCAAUAGAUGCCACCGCACUUGGAAAACUGCUAACAUACUGCCCCCAUUUGGAGGAAAUUACAGUCGUAUGCUGCCAGAUUCAUGUGCAGGCCGAGUGUUUCCUUCAAAUGAUGGAUCAAGUCAUGCAUCAAGAUCAACGGUUAUGGAUGCAGCAACAUCAGCAAGACCAAGGUCAGCUUAAUUCAUCUUCUUCCCUCAAAUCGCUGGUUGUCGCUACAAAACGAACUUGGUCAAGCCAUCAUGUCAUGCGACUCUUUCAACUGUGCUCAAAUCUUCGUUUUUUGGGCCUUGUUCCUGAUUCAAUUGAAGUAGUUGAAUAUACAGAAUUAAACCAAAACAAUGACGAAAUAACAGCCCCAAUGCCUAUUCUAGAUCAUUCGUCUAAUGCAACCCAUGCGAAUGCCAACAAUCAGCCUCAUCUGCUAACCAAAGAUAUCCAAGCUAUUGACGGUCAGGAAAUGUUAGACUCGGAUAACCUCAUUGUUUAUAAACUAAACAAUUUCAAUCUUUUAAAUGAAUAA